AUGGAAGCGGAGAGGGACCGCGCCAUGGAGAGGGCAACGCUGAAGCACAAGAAUACGGGCAGAUGGGCAAAGAAUCUGGUGGGCAAGCACGCUACCAUGGAAAAUGUCGAAGCACGAAACGCCAUCGAGGAACAGCUCUUGCGCGGAGAGAGGCUGCGAAGACGCAUACAAGGCGUGGAGACGGACGAUGAGGCGGAGGAGUCUGACAGCGACGAUGCAGACCAGCCGGACGAGGACCCGUUCGAUGAGCUCAGGCGACUUCAAGGCCAAGAGGAAGAAGUCGCUCCCAGCAGCAGCAGCGGCAAGAAAGCUGCCGUGUGGGACAUGAAGUUCAUGUCCGAUGCCCGCAAACGUGACGCGCAACAGCGGCGCGAUGAGGUGGACGACUUUGAGCGCGAGAUGGCUGCUCUUGACAAGCAAGGCGUCGGUGAGCACGAGGAGAACAGGACUGCGACAAUGGAUGGCGUGCGGAGCUCUGUGCAGGGCAACGUUGGAAGAGCAACGUACGCGCCGAAGCAGGCUCGAGGUGCUGCUGCAUCGACAGAUCGACGUCCGACCCAAGCGAGUCAAUCUCGUGGCGCAAACGACAAAGAGACCCUGCAGCCCAGCGCGUUCGAAUCGAGCAAGCCGAUUUUGGUCUCUCAACCCAAGUCUAGUGUCGCUCAAAGUACAAGCGUCGAACCUGGUGCCGCCGCCGCCGCCGCCGCCGCCAAUCCCUGGAUGUCUAGCACCGACCGAGGCUCAAAGGUAUCGAGGAAGAAGAACGAGACGUUGGUGGCCAAGGACGCGAGCGCGCUGGACAGAGCUGCUAACAGGAUGCAGCGUCAUCGUGCCAAGGGAGAAGAGGGACGCAUGAGCGCGGAAGACGACGCCAGGUUGGAGAUCGAUCCAGAGGCCAGACUGCGUUUCGCGGGUGCGGAGAUUGGCGAAUCCGCUCUGGCUGCCAGCGCCAAACGGCCUUCCCAGGCAGAUGAGCCGGACAUUCGGCAGCACGGCAGCGCGGGCUCGGACUCGGACUCGGACUCGGAGUCGGGUGAGCCUGCGCUCGUGUCUGCCCAGCGCAACGCAAGCAGAGGGGGAGAAAUUCGCAUUCCUGGCGCGCUGCAGCAACGAGACUUGGUUGCGGAAGCUUUCGCGGGAGACGACGUGGCGGCAGAAUUCGAAGCUGACAAGAAGGCCAUCAUGGAGCGAGAUGCGCCCAAAGAGGUGGACGAGACGUUGCCCGGGUGGGGUAGCUGGGGUGGCAAAGGAGUCAAAAAGGCUCGCGGUCGGGGCCAACAACAGCAGCGCAAAUAUACGCGAACGAUUGCGGGAUUGGAAGCUUCUCAGCGCAAAGAUGCCAACAUGAAGGGGGUCAUCAUCAAUGAAAAGAGGGACAAAAAGGCAGACAAGUUCAAGGCGAAGGAUCUGCCCUUUCCUUAUACCAGCGCUGCUCAGUACCAGCUUGCCAUGCAAAACCCGAUCGGACCCGAGUGGAACACGAGGACCACGCAUCAGAGACUCACGCUGCCUCGCGUCGUUACGAAGCCUGGCAAGGCCAUCUUGCCCAUCCAGCGCAAAUUCUGA